GCCUUCGUUGCAGAAGGGCCCAAUUGCCUCCCAGUUCUGCUCCUUCAGGCCACCGCCUGCAGCCCGGGCUAGUAGUCGCUCCGGUGAAAGGUCGCGGGCUGCGAAGCCCACAGGGACCCCGCACCGGGAGUCCCGCGUCCCCCGAAGCUGAGUCUCAAGGUACCGGGCGGCCGAGUUUUCCGCGAGAAGGGCGCUCCGCGGCCCGGGCCACCACGUCACUCGCGACCUGACCCCGCUGGGCCCGCCCCGGGCCCAGGAGACGAGAGCAACGUGGGCCGUGCAGGGUUUCUUUCUCCUCCAUCAUUGUUAAUUUAACUUUGUCGUCGUCGUCAUCCUCAUCGUCGUCAUCAUCAUCAUCACCACCAUCACCGCCAUCAUCUUACUGUACCCUCCAAGGCAGCAAUCACCAACUAUGGCCUCUUGGGUUUUUAGGCUGCUUCCUAAGAAUAUCCGUUUCUUGGCUACAUCAUCAGAGAACCAACGAGCCGAGGGUUGUCUUCGUCACCAUGAGGCCUAUGGGUACUUCUUGCCCAUCCAGACAAGGUGGCAGGACAAUGACCAGUACGGCCAUGUGAACAAUGUUGUGUACUACAGCUACUUCGACACUAUUAUCAACCACUAUCUGAUCAGGUACUGCGGCCUGAAAACCGGCUUGCUGACGUCCCCUAUGGUGGGGUUCAUGGUGACCAAUCAGUGCACCUUCCACACACCCGUCGGCUUUCCUCAGGUCCCGGUGGCCGCUCUGGCCGUGGAGAAAGUGGGUCACUCCAGUGUGCACUACCGCCUUGCUCUGUUUCCACCUAAGCCCACCCAGGAGCCGCCGUCAGUGGAUCACCACGACCUCAGUGACGGUUUUUUCUUUGGCCACCCCAAGCUGGGGCAGUUUGACGCUUUGGCCUGUACCACUGGGUCCUCCGUCCAUGUCUUUGUGAAUCCAGCCACCAGCAAGCCGACGGGGCUUCCAGAAGACUUCAGGAGGGGCCUGCUGAGGCUGAUGAGGCCGGUUUCCAUGUGAAUCAUCUAUCUGUACAUGGAGCUGCACCUGUCACAGAAUAAAGUUUAGCUAA